UAGUUUUUUGAGAAAAAGAUGGAACAAAACUCAAAACCAAGAGGAGUUUCGACGACCAGCUCCACCAGCUCCGUAACAGAAUUUGUGAAUGAAGCAUUCGUUGAUUCUGAAUUGGAAUUGAGUAAAGUAGUGAGUCUCGAUGUAUCGAAUGACGACCAGUACAUAAAAAGGCCACUUCCGGGCAGCAAGGAACUGGUUUCUCAGCCCGCCUCUAAAGAUGACGCGGAAAAGGAUCUACAAAAAGGCACAGGAUUUAGGAAAAUGUACAUCGCAGCAUUUACAGCUUUACUUUUUGCCGUUUGCAUGGGAUAUACAGCGGCAUAUUCAGCAACAGCAACGGUUGAUAUGCUGGAACCACACAGCCGCAUCGAUCCAACGGAUGAUGAUGUCUCAUGGAUUGCAAGUCUAGUAGCAGUCGGAGCCCUCUUAGGAGGAACCGCUGGCGGUUAUUUAACGAACCGCUUGGGUCGCAAGGGUACGCUGGUCAUGAACGUGGUGCCUUACGUCACUGGUUGGGUACUGAUUGCAUAUGCUAACACAACCAUACUUAUCUUCAUAGGAAGAGUUGUGACAGGUUUCAGCACGGGACUAGUAUCCGUUGCCACGCCCAUGUAUCUAGUCGAAAUUGCUACGCCCGAUGUUCGUGGUUUGCUUGGUGCAUCUUUCCAAUUAUUCGUCGUCCUUGGAGUCCUACUCAUCUCUGGAGUAGGCUCUGCGCUGACUUGGCAGUGGUCGGCGGUGAGUGGUGCAUGCCUCUGUCUCUUUGCAACAUUUCUCAUGCUGCUGGUCCCCGAAUCACCGCGUUGGCUCAUCGGACAAAAGCGGCAAAAAGAAGCUAAAGAAGCCAUGAGGUUUUUACAAGGACCCAUGCUGGACGUCGAAGCAGAAUGCCACGCGCUCGAAGAAGACCUUCGACAACAGCCAUCCGGGGGCGUGCAUUAUCAGGAGUUCACUGCUCCAACUGUCUACAAGCCGUUCUUGCUGUCGAUUGCGCUCAUGUUUUUCCAGCAGUUCAGCGGCAUUAACGCAGUAUUGUUUUACACGACGCAAAUAUUCAAAUCUUCUGGUAGUUCUUUAGAACCAGCAGUUGCCACCAUACUUGUUGCGGUAGUUCAGGUGGUAGCUACCUUGGUCAGUAGCUUGUUGAUGGACAAGGCGGGCAGAAAGCCGUUGCUUCUUCUCUCGGGAGCAUGGAUGGCUAUCAGUUUAUUCUGUUUCGGUGGCUUUGAUUUUGCUAAGACAAAGGACGCAAGUAUUCUCAACACCUUUGGAUGGGUUCCAUUAGUGUGUCUUAUGUCCUUCGUUGCAGCGUUUUCAAUUGGCUACGGCCCAACUCCGUGGUUGAUGGUAGCAGAAAUGACCCCAAUUCGUUUUCGUAGUGUUGUGAGCGGCGUUGCGACAGCUCUCAAUUGGACUUUUGCUUUUAUCGUCACGAAAUCAUUCAAGGCGAUGGAGAAGGGUAUAAAAGGAUAUGGAGUGUAUUAUUAUUAUGGAUCUAUAUGUUUUGCGAGCCUUUUCUUGGCUAUAUUCUUCCUCCCAGAAACCAAAGGAAAGAAAGAAUCAGAAAUAAAAGAGUUCUUCGAUAAGUGAUAUGAUUUAUGCAUCUGAAGGUGGACCUAGUUU